AUGGAAAUUACUCCCCAAGAUUCAACAACAAAGAGAAAACAUGUUCAUUCCGCUGCUAUGGGAUACAACGAGGAGGCUGAGGAUGAAUAUUAUCUGAAAAAGAUCCAGGAAUUAGUAAACGAAAAGAUGAAGUUGUUAGCAGAGCAACAAGUUAAAGAAGAAUCAAAGCUCAAACCUCCCACUGAGAUGAUAAACAGUAAGCCGAUGGUGAUCAGCAAGCGGAGGUUGGAAGAGUUCAUCACGAAUGAGAUGAAUGGCAAAGAUUUGAAACUCGUGCUCAAGAAAAUACUGUAUGAAAGUGAUCUGAGAAAAAACCAGAACAGGUUGAGUAUGCCGAUGAAUCAACUUGAGAAAAAUAUUGAGUUCUUGAAUGAAAACGAGAAGCAAGAUCUGGAGAAUGGAAAGGAGUUGGAGGUGGGAUUAUUGGUGCCAAGAUUGAUAUUGCAUAAGAAACCGAUGAUGAUGAAGAUGUGGAGAUUGAAAAGCACAAGCAGUUAUGUGUUGAAGACUAAUUGGAAUGAGUUUGUGGAAGAAAACAAGAAGGAUUUGAAGCCACAUUCAGAGAUUCAGGUGUGGUCUUUUCGUAAAGACAACCAGCUGUUCUUUGCUCUUUUAUGCGUAUAG